AUGCAUGUGCACACCAACGAUAAACCGUAUUCCUGUAAAAUAGAUGGCUGCAACAAAUCAUACACGCACCCCUCAUCGCUUCGAAAACACAUGAAGUGUUUCGUAUUUAUGAUGGCGGUGGUGGAAGUGCUGUAA